UUUCUCUCUACUUUCAUCACUCUAUCUCAUACUCUUAAUUUGCAAUCACCCGAAUCCUCCGGCUAGUAAGCUUCUCUAUUUUUUGCGGUUUCCAUCGAAUGCAUAUACAACAAUCUUUGCUUCCUAACAAAAUGUGGAGCUAUCACUAAUGCCUUUCCUUCUGCAAUCGACUACAACUCACUCUGACCUUCAAAUCAAAGCACCUGAAGGUUAAAGGCUACCUUAAAAUUUCUGCUCCAACAAACCGAAGGAUGACUUUGUAUUUCUCUGCCUUCCAUUAGGGAAAUCUCCUUAUGCACUUUCGAGUGCUCAUUAUAGCAUAUCCUGAAAUAGGAGUUUUUAUUUGGAGAUGAUUACACACGAGCAAGAUCCCGAUGUUGUUCGAUGGGGCCUUGAACUCUUUGAUGGAAACCCAUUUUCUAAUUACGGGUAUUGUGGGAACAUUCAUGAUGAGAUACAAUACUAUCAAGGACAAUGCCUUGAUGUAGAUAAUUAUGACAAGGCAUGCACCAUAGAAAACAAUGAGCUUAUUGCUCAAACUCUCCAAGAACUCUCACAACUUGCAGUCGCAGAGCCAGUAUCCUUUGAUCAAGGAACAGAAAAUGUACAACUUCCCACGUGUCCACAAGAUUGGUUUAGUCUGUCCAUUAAUGCCUAUGGUUCCGAGCACAAUAAUGAUCUGGAAGAGGAAGAUUAUAGUUCAUGUACUAUGCCCGACACGACAUCCUACAGUGGGGAUGACUGGUCAUACUCUUUAGAGCUGACUGAUGAGUAUACCCUUGAUGGAGAAGUGGGAAAAAGAUUGAAUCAGAUGAUCUCAAUUCCUCACAUUCCAAGAAUUAAUGGAGAAAUUCCUUCUGUUGAUGAAGAAGCUUUAGAUCAUCAAAGGCUAUUGGACAGACUGCAGCUAUAUUAUUUGAUCGAGUUAAAAGUGCAAGGAGAUGGUAACUGCCAGUUUCGUGCUCUAUCAGAUCAAAUUUAUCGAACAUCUGAGCACCAUAAAUUUGUGAGGGAGCAAGUUGUUACUCAGCUGAAGUCAUAUCCAGAGAUAUAUGAAGGAUAUGUUCCCAUGGCCUAUACUGACUAUCUGGAGAAGAUGUCCAAGAGUGGGGAAUGGGGCGAUCAUGUCACUUUGCAGGCUGCUGCUGAUACGUAUGGUGUUAAAAUUUUCAUGAUUACAUCAUUCAAAGAUACCUGCUACAUUGAGAUCCUUCCUAAUAUUGAAAGAUCCAAAAGAGUUAUUUGCUUGAGCUUUUGGGCUGAAGUGCACUAUAACUCAAUAUAUCCCGAAGGAGAUGUAACCAUGUUUGAGACGAGGAACAAUAGAUGGUGGAUGCUUCAAAACGAGCAUCUGGAAUGACGGCACACAGCAAUUUUUCAGAUAUUGCUAAUAACAGUCUUCACUAAGUUGUAUGGACAUUUCACUCCUAAUUGGAUCCAUAAGAGUGUAAUAAGGAUGAUAUCAUAAAAAAAAUUAGAAAAUAAAAUAAAGAACCUGGUAUAUCGAAAAGAAUGAGGAUAAUACCAUAACUAGCAGUUUUUACUCGUA